UUUACCUCAUCACUGUGUUUUAAAAGGUUAGCGUGCAUUCAUUCCUUCUUAUCUUUUAAAUAUAGAUUAAUUGCUAUUAAUUCUGAGAUGACCAGACUGAUUUGGAAUUGUUGCAUGUUAAUAUUUUUAAUGCUUGACAUUCUUUAUUUUUCCAGGCUUUCCCAUAAAGUUUAGCUUGAAUGCCCUGCCUGCAGUUUAAAAUCUUUUUUUUUUUUUUUGCCUUUUUCCCCAGUAGCAUGGAUAUUAUUUAAAAAAAACCCAACUUUAAAAUAUCUAAAACAAUAUACUUUUUUUCUGUUUUUCUCCAGAUCUUAACUAACCAAACACUGCUUAUAAUGUUUAAUGCCUUUUAACAUGAUGAAAUAUGAAUUUCUGAAAUACAGAUGAUGCCAUUUUUAACUAACAGUUCACCCAUGUCAAGGCCUUUACGAACAUAUUUGUUAUCUAAUUUUUAAUAAUUAUUUAAGCCAGUAUGCUUACUUUGUGGAGGCAGGGAAGCCUACAGUUAUCUCCUAAGUGUUGAUUAUAAAACACCAGAUAGAUUUCUUCUAGGUUCAUUCUGAAAAUUACAGCUACCCGCUCGGAUUGCAAAGAAAAAAAAAAAUUUGGCAAUAAUUUGAGGUUUUCCCUGUAGUUUUUAGUUUUGCUUAACUGAUUUCUUAACUGGAAGCAGGGAAGGUGAUGGGUUAAUUUAAAUUCCUAUUCCACUGUUGACCUGCUGCCCGGGGUUCCUGGAACCUCUGAGGACCUGCAGCUCCUGGAGCAGAGCAAGGCUGGCUUUUGGCUACCAGACAAGGAAGCUCUACCUCCUGUCCCCCUGACUGGCCAGACAUCCUGCAAAGAUGGCUGCUUGCCACCCCUCCAAGCUGUGAGGACAGUGGCGCAGAGCUGCCUCACCUCAUCCUCAUCCUCAUCCCCAUCCCCACCCCGGCGCGAUGCCGGUCCAGUACGUGACGUACGAAGGCAUUAAGUUCCCCCCCGCCUACAACUCCGAGCAGAGCUUGAGUUUUGCCCACAAUGAAUUCCUGGUGCGGGACGAUGACAUCUUCAAUGUCACCUACCCCAAGUCUGGCCAGGUCCACUGCCCUACGUCUCUGGCAGGCACCGUGUGGAUGACUGAGAUCCUGAGCCUCAUUUGCAGCCAUGGCUGCCCCAGCUGGAGCCGAGGUGUCCUCAAUUCUGACCGCAUGCCCUGGUUCUCAACCCGACUGGGUCUGGAGUCAGCCCUCAGCUACCCUUCACCUCGCUUGCUGACCUGCCAUCUCCCCAGGCACAUCUUCCCCAAGUCCUUCUCCCACUCCAGUGCCAAGGUUAUUUACACCCUACGGGAUCCUCGAGAUGUUGUUGUAUCCUACUACUACUUCUCCAAGAUGUGCAACAGCUAUGAGGAUCCCACGUCCUUUGAACAGUUCUUGGGGGACUUUCUGAGUGGAGAGUUGCCCCAUGGCUCCUGGUUCGAACAUGUCCAAGGCUGGAUGGAGAUGAAGGACAUGGAGAAUUUCUUCUUCAUCACCUAUGAAGAGCUGAAGCAGGACCUGCAUGGCAGUGUGAGACGUCUCUGCCAGUUCCUGGGGCAGGAUUUGGAUGAGGAGGCCAUCUCCUCAGUGGUACAAAAUGCCUCCUUCACAGCCAUGCGGGAGAACCCAAUGUGCAGCUCCAUCCUGCUCCCUGCAGACAUCAUGGACCAGACAAAGGGCCAGUUCCUGAGGAAGGGCAUCUGUGGGGACUGGGAGAACCAUUUCACAGUGGCGCAGAGCGAAACCUUCAACAAGAUCUACCAAGAGAGGAUGCAAGGGCUGAACAUGAAAUUUCCUUGGGACAGGCAUUAGGAUUCAUCCUUAUCUGAAGCCAGCUGAGAACCGGGUAUAAACCAGCCACCGACAACCGGGGUAACUGGCUGCUGUUGGACAGAGAGGGUUGUACCCAGGGCUGAAAAUGGUGCAAGCAAUUAACAGCAGCGUGCAAGCAAUAUUUAUCAAAUCAUAGCAUCAUAGAAUCAUUUAGAUUGGAAAAGACUGUUAAGAUCAUCGAGUCCCACCAUCAGCCUAACACUGGCGAGGUACCACUGCACCAUGUCCCGAAGUGCCACAUCUACACGUCUUCUAAACACCUCCCGGGAUGGUCACUCAACCACUUCCCUGGGCAGCCCAUUCCAGUGCUUGAUAACCCUUCCAGUGAAUAAAUUUUUCCUACUAUCCAUCCUAAA